AUGGCGAUCUCUCUGAUCGACCGCAAGGUGCUGGCUCACCUCAUCAACUACUAUGUCUCUGACAACAAGAUCGUUGUCGAAAACCUUCGCACAAUCCUCGGCAUUUCUGUCAGACUCGAGGACAAACUCGCUCGCGCCCGCAGGCUUCGCUUGUUCGACAUCAAACGCGAGAUUAGAUCGUUGGAGAUCUACCAGGAGCUCCUCUAUCUAACCAAGGAGGGACUGGCUCUCACUGAAGUGUACAUCGCACCAUACUGUGGAAAGGGUGCAGAUGGAGUCUACCAGGUGAUGGCCCUCAAGCUGCGCGCAUCGUUCCACCACAUCCUCUGCGAGUUUCACAACACNCCUCCUGUUCGCCUACUGCGCCAGAGGAACAUGGAGGAGCUCAGCGUCUUCAGCGCAUACUACCUGGCUUCCAGACAGGACCAAGACUUCAACUUGGCUGGUUCUCCAGUUCCAUCUGAGCAGUCUUUUGUCACCAACCCUUACGCUACUCAUGGCCAGGCACCUCCUGUCUUGGCUCACGUCCCAGCUGAUGACCCUCCUCAGAUCUCGCUUCAGCCCCGCAUAACCCCCACACACCCUCCCGGUCUUGGUGGGAGUACCGUGGUCGAGUAUGACCCUCCUGUCUCAGCCAGUACCUUCCUGAUGCCCGCUCUGGACUACACUCCCGAGACCAAGAGACUCUUCGAGCGCGCAGUCAAGUGUGCAGAGGAACUUUUACAUCCAGCACACCCACUGGUGCUCUCAUUGGCUCUGGAGCAAGCUUAUUUCCUCAUGGACUGCCUCGGAGACUACGACAAAUCUUACAAGGUGGUCAAGAAGGCCGCUCGCGCUGCUGUCCUCGCCGGCGAUGUGUCCAAGGCCAACGAGGAGGAUGCGAUCAAGAUCUUGCACGAUAUGACUGUAAUCGUGGCCAGAGCUGAGCAGGUUUUGCAGCCUGAAAAGCGUCUUAUUGCGGUUCAGCAGGUCAACUCACCUCCUCUGUACCCACCUCCUGAUCGCGAGCUNCCCCAGUCCCCUCAGCAGCGCGAUGGCUCUGCCCGCACCAAUGGUUCCCCUCGUCAGCACAAUGCCUCGAUUCGCAGUGACUCUGCUCAUGCUGGAGCUGAUCGCAGCGACAAGCACUCCUCACAGUACUCCUCGCCUCUCAAGCAAGUCCAGCAGUCCCCACCUGGCGGCGUUUCACUGAGCCCCUACAACAACAAGAUGCAAGGUCUCGCCAUCUCACAGCCGCCCACUGCCGACAACUCGCCCACCACUGGAGGUUGUCUCAACGGUGCUGCCACUAGAAGUACCACUCUGAUCGGAUCGUCUGCCUCUCCCAUGAACCUCGACAGCAAGAUCCGCCAAAUCAACAACGAAAUCCUUCAACAUAAGAAGUCGAAGAGAUCCCGCAGCAGCGGCAGUAGCGUCAAGCUCAAGAGUGAGGGCAGACGCAUGGAAGGAACUGGCACUGAAAAGGAGCGCAAGAGACGUGCUAUUGAGCGAGCUGAGGAUGAGCUGAGGAGAAGCCGUGCUACUAGCAAGACCAGCACUCCAGUCUCUGUUCGUAGUCCUUGA